AUGACAAACUUCGAUCAAGUUGUAUUUAUCCGUCACCUUGGCACAAACGCACCUAAACUUCUACCUGAGAGUGAAUAUAGGCUCGGUUUACCAAUGCUCGAGUCUCCUAUCCUUCUACCGCUGCCUUGUAAUGAACAUGACUCUCCCAGUUCAAAUGCGGCAAGUCCAGUUCAAUUCAUCAAAGAAUAUAUUGAGAAAUCAUUAAAUACACCGCCAGGAUUCCCUGUUAGCGUCGCUGCGGAGCACUACAAGCGACAACGCCUGAUUGAGGAAAUUCUCGAGUCAGAAGUUGAGUAUGUGCAGAUGCUCAAAAUACUGCAAAGCUGUUUUUUAGACGUUUUGACAAUUAAUGAUUACAUUCCCAUGCAGGAGCUCAAUAAAGUCGUCAGUCGACUUUUACCGCAACAUGAAAAUAUGUGCGCGCAACUCGACAAACUAGUCGAGGGGAGUAUAAAACGAUUUGACGAGUCGACGGAAUUAAAUUGGUCAGAUCUGUCUCUGACAUCUUGGGAUCACUUAGAGCUGUGCGAGAACGUCUCGCGAUUAUUAGCAACAGAGGCCAUAGCCGUGGAUCUCUAUCGAGACUACGUUCAGUACUAUAAUCAGGUCAGCCACCUUCUGACGCGAAUGGGUCAGGAAAGCCAAGACCGGCUUUUGUUUGCAAUUUUAUUUCGCAUCGAGCUCUGUCUUCCAAAGUACUAUUCUCGAACGUCACAACAGGGUUACAAACGAGACUUUUCCUUCCGCGCCAUGAUUCAGAUGCCCAUAAAUCGCAUCACGAAAUACAGGCUUUUUCUGGAGUCAAUGGUAUAUUUGACAGAGCAUCCGUCCAUCACGGAUCUGAAGCGUCUUGAUGACACACAGUGUGAGAAAUUGGCCAACAAGAUCAAGGUAUACAUGGAGCAAAUGUACGCUGCAAUGAAGGAAAUCAAUGAACCAAAAUCUGACACGGCGCAAGAUUUACCUUUAACGCUGAUACAGAACCGGCUGUCAUUUGACCUGCCAGAGGAGCGAUUACCCAUUGAGGCCAUGGGGUCUUGCUGCAUUAAAGGAUGCUUUGCAGUGGCAUGGCCAACGAUGGACGAAACGUCUUUCACGACUGGCUCUUACCGCAGCCGUUAUCUCAACACCCUUUACAAGAGUAAAAGAUCCCUGAGCAUUGAGAGCGACCAGUUGGGAGUUUUCCUUUUCGAGACAUACUUGGUGCUUGCUGAGAUUCCCAACUUGCAGAGAACACCGAUAUACGAAUGGCCGGUCAAAUUCGCGCUGCGACUGUCCAAUUGCCGCUUGGUGGACGUGAAGAGCCAGGUGGGGUCAGAAUUGGAAGACGUGGGUAUGUUUUCGAGCUACUCCAACACCUUGAAGAUCCAGUUCGAUUAUGACUUCAAACUCUGGGAGAUCCUUGUCUUCCUAAGAGACGAAAGUGAGUUCCAGAGUUGGUACAAGGAACUGGACGUGUGCAUCAGCAAGUUGGGAGAACGGGUGGAUGAAAUGAGAAGAAUGCCCAGACAAGAGAGUGUGACACAGUCGACUCUUGAAAGCACAUUGCAUUUUAGCGACUCAACAACAUUUCCUGAACAGAUGGUCCCGUUUAUAAGCUAUGAUGAGAGUCUGUCGGGCCGAUUUGACAGAGCACGAACGUUUAAAAGACGGGCCAACAAUUGCGCCGGAUAUUGUUACAACGGAGAAGUAGCCAAGGUCGAGGUUGAGUUUCGGGACUCGCUGAUGGAGUAUUCGCCCGCGUCCACUUGGUUCAUGCGUGGAUCGUCGAGCCGAUUGGAUCUCAGACCAGACAGCAGCAGCAGGAGUGUACUCACUUGUAAUGGUGGUGGUGGAGGUGACGCGGGUGCGUUUUCUUCCGAUCCCUGGGCGUUCAACGCAGUGUUCACUCGGUGGAAACGUGUGCAAGUGGAACGAGGCAUGUGCGAGGUGUGGAGCCCGCAACUGGAGAAGGUGAGUGUUGCAGCAGAGCAACAGGAUCCAGGUGACGUGGAGGGGAUGGGGAAUUCCACGAACUCGGCCACGAUGCGUACAGAGACGACCGCCUUGAUCAGGGCUGCUUCUGACAACUUGAUUACCACACAGCCUCAGACUGCACCUGUGCGAGCCUCUACCUUCCGAUCCACACGGUGGUCAAUCAAACGGGUUUUUUCGCGGCGACGAAGCCGCCGCAUGUUGAGGCCGUAG